AUGGCAGCGUGCACUUUCACACCCAAGCAGAUCCUGAAGAAGGAGGUGUCCCAGAGAGAAUAUGAGUUCCUCCAAGAAUGGGCCCCCGACACUAUCAAGGACUACACUCCGAUCAAACCUGGCAAUCCGGUAGACAGGAUGCCCAAGCAUCAGACGAUGCCCAGCCAGCCACACGUUCAGAGCCCCCGACGGGCUAAACCUCGCUCGCCUCUCUACGAGGAAUGGAAGGUUCAGCCAAACGAGGCGGCAAAAGCCACAGGCGCUUCUGUGAACAUGGAGAAUAAAACUAACGGGAUGAUUCCUCGUGCUCCUACUACCAACGUCAGGGUUAAUGGCAGGCAUCCUAGUAACUCGUUGGACACAAAGAUCCGCCAGCAGGAGCCGGUAAAGAGUAGUCCUGUUUUACAUAAUCAUUAUGCGAAACCCACCGCUAGCACGAAUAACCGUGUUAUCGCGAACCCUGUCCCUAGUGUGGCAUCCAAGUCGGGAGUGCCCAGGCCUGGGCCAUAUAAACCUGCGGAACAGAACAACAAGAGGGUCAUGUUUCGAAACGAUGACUUGAUCAGAUGGUCGGACGGGAUCAAGACUCUGAGCGGUGCUAUGGCCUACUUUCAACCUACUUUCAUUCAAGACCCGUGGAAGGACCUGAAACCUGUUGUGACGAAAUUCCUUGAGCGAUACUGAUGAGUUCAGAUCAAGCAGCAGGAUAUCCUUGUGAUGGUGGGAGUAGUAGGACCUAACUUGAGAAGGAAAUGGUAUCUACAUUGCUGUGCCAUGGCUAUAUGACGUCGUGCGGUUGCCAAGUGAUGUGUUGGGGAAAUGCAUGCUGAUAACUUUCGCCGAGUAGAUGAACAUAUCAUCAAUGGGAGAAUAAGCGACACUUGCCGGGCAUGGACGCUUCGAGACGCU